CAGACAUCCAGAGAAUGGUUGAUAGCUACAAGCACGAACAGUGUCACUGCAGCCACGUACGUAUGAUCGAAUGCAUCAACACGUCAACCACACACAUUGAGAGGCAGAGCAUCAUCCAGCCCCCACACGCCACGCAUAGACAUGUCAUGAAUGCGUUGGCAGCCUCACCAGCUGCAGCUCUACAUCUGACCACUCUACGUCGAAGCCGCCACCCGACUCGCUGUCGUCAGCGAUCAGGCCAUAGUGGGCUUUCUCUGCCUGAUGGAUGCACUGCUCGACUACUGAAUGGAAUGCGGCCUCUCUGCCAUCGCCCUUUUCCAAAUUGUGCAGAGCACUCAGGUCGACAAACGCUACCAGCCGAGCGGCUGCAGGCCGCACGGCAGCGAUCAACGCAACGCCAGACGCAACCUCAUCUAUCGUUUCGCUAACAAUCACUUCGACAGUCAUGGAGGCGAUGUGAGGGUAUCGGGCGCAGUCAGAGAUGGCGGGCACCUCUGAACCACACACCGAUGCCCUCACCUCGACGCUCUCUAGCUUGACGUCAGGGGGCAGCUGCGAUAGGCAAAACGCUGCCACGCCCAGGCUCGGCAAACGUGUCAAACUGACUGUCGUGAGCCUGUCUAAGGUGCCCAGCAAUGUGCCCGGGCCAUCGAGCCCCGCAGGCACGCCGUCACACACACCCAGAUCGAGAACGAGGCUGGUGAUGUUGGGCAGGUGGCGAUUGCCACUGGUGGUGUCGCUCCUCGCGGCCAUCCACUGCGGCACACUCGACAAGGCCCGGGAUGACGUCAGCCCCUCCACCGAUACCUUGUUGGCCUUGGUGAAGACCAGCAGGCCGGCCCAUGACUGGUCCAGAGGCCUCCCGCCACACCGCAGAGUCACCUGCACCAAAGCAUGCAGACAAUGAGCAGGGGUGUAUGUGCGUCUCUGUACGGCCUCUUGUCUCGGUGCUGCGUUGCUCACCUCUUUCGCUGUGCUGCUGAUGUCUUUGAUCAUUUUGGCGAUGGGGCCAGUGGGUGCAGGAGGAGAAGUGACGAGGUCCCUGGAGCAGUCGAUAGCCACCUCAUCGACCCUCCAGUCAACCGUGCAGUUGGCCAACGCUGCAGACAGACAGACCCACACACAACAGAGAUGCGUAGCAUUGCAAUCCUCCCGUCUGUCCAUUUGUCGGUUCGUCCUACUAACUUACCUGCCCAGUCGAGGAAGGCAGGGAGGCUUAUAGCAUCAGGGUCUGUGGGAUGGAGCAGCUCAUGGGUGAAGGGAACGGAGAUCUUGUCACCGAACUCCAGGCCGAUCCUCUUCUCAACAUCUGCACACAGCCACAAAAACAAUGCGGCCAGCCUGUCGGUGGUUCCUCUGUCUGUUCUCGCUCGGUGGCUGGCGCACCUUUCAGGCUAUCCUUGGUCCAGAUGGGGUCGAGAGCACGCUUCAGCUUGCCCAGUGUCGACGUGAAGUCGUAGAGGCCGUCCAUCUUAACCCACUCGAUGUCGGUGAGGUGCGGGCAUCCCUGAAUGAGGGAGGCGAAGUCAUCGUCAUCCUCAUCGUCAGCAAACAGCUCCUCGAUCGCUGCAGACAAGGGAGAGGGACAGAGAACUCAUCCAUCGAUGCAGCAGGUGCAUGUGAGAGGUAUGAUUGCUUACACAGUGACUUGAGCUUGGGGGCAUGCUCCACGAUGUCACUGACACCAUGACCACCGUAGCUUCGGUUCCCCGCACGCAGGCGAAGAAGAGAUGGGAAUCGCCACCCUCGAAACCUAAACACACACACACACACACACAGAGGGGAUGAUCAAGACACAGCUGCGGUGUGACCAUGAAGAACAGUCAUGCUUACCCACGGUGAUCUGGCCAGUCUUCGACGUAGAGCUCCUCCAGCUGUGAGAAGGUCACAGUGGGCGGCGAUGUCGAGACGCUGUAGUGGUAAUUCUCGAAGCCCGGGGUGUAGUCGAGCUUCAUGCUCCUCACUGUGUCGCGGGAGGCCUCGAUGCACUCGAGAGGGAAGUCGAGGCCCUUCCAGUGACUGCUGAUGUGCACCGUCCGCAGCCGACCCUGCCACCAGACAGACAGGAGUCAGCUAUGGUCUCGACUUGGUUGGUGCGGUGUGGUGGCGCACCAGUUUCUGCUUCAGUGUUUUGAGGGUGUCUUGCUCUCUCAGCCGCUUGCUCUGCUGUCUGAGGUCCGCCCCGCCCGCCGCCCCCUCCCCGGCCGAGUCGUCCCCUCCCCCCUCCUCAUCGUCUCCCUCCCCUCCCUCCCUUUCUUCAUCCUCCUCUCCCUGGUCGUCGUCGUCGUCUUCUUCUUCUGCUUCAUCAUCAUCAUCAUCAUCCUCCUCCUCACUGCUGCCGUCGCCAUCGACGCUCAGGCUCUCGCCCGUUUGCCAGGCGGUCCUCCGAAUGCCGCCUGAGGGCCGCGCCGCCGCCACCCCCUUCCCCUCCCCUCCAGAGCUCCCCCGGCUACUGCCGUCGCCAUGGACGCCGAUGUCCUCGAACGUCCGUCUGGCGUUCCUCCGAAUGCCCGCAUCCCACCACUGUCGCUCGUCCACACCAAUGACCAAGUGGCGGUACACGCCCCUGGUGUCGUCGGUGACGAGCUGCUUCAUGGCCUGGUUGACGCGGGAGAGGGGCGCGGCGUCUUUGGUGGGCAGGAAGGCCAACACGAUGUGCGCCACGUCGGGCGGCAGGCCGUCCAGACAUGGACGACCGAGCUGAUCACACACACAGGGGCGCACAUGUCAUGUUGUGUGGAUGUUUGGGCUGAUUUGGUGUGGCUUGCCUGGGUUAUUAUGGUGUCUGGUGGGAGGGGUCUGUUGGCGAUGGGCUGAGGGAGUGGCGGCUUGGCGACUUUGACGCUGUCGAGUGUCUUGAUGAGACCCCGCAGCGCGUCGUGUCGCGACGCCACCGACUGCUCCACCGUCAGCAGCUUGUUUGACAGGGCCGGCACCUGCCAACACACACACACACUCACAGACAGAAGGAGAAGGGCGUCUGUGUGUGUGUGUGUGUACCUUGUCGGCCAGUGUGGGCGUGACGUACGGUCGCAUCUCUGACAGCACGGUCGCCGUCUGCGCCUCGAGCGAUUUGAUCUUCUUCAACAAGGGCACCAGCCGACAAACAUUCGCCUUGUCAGCCUGAGAGAAUGAACACACACACGGGCACACACAGAGCCAUCAAGUGUGUCUGCGUGUGUCGUCCAGGCAGGUGGCUGUGCUGCUGACCCAGUCUAUGACGGGAUGCACCUCUUGGUCCGACGGCUGGCCGCCAUCUACAGCUACACCAGUGCUACAUCCUCCACCUGCAUGACGAGAGAGCAUCACACAACAAAGGCAGCAGGCCAUCAAAGAGUGAGUCGGUCUGUUCCCUUCAUGGAUCCUUCUUCUCACCUCCAGAUCCAGCAGCGGGCGAUGAGUCGUCAAGGUCCACACGAGGCCGCUUGCCGGCAUUCUCGUCAGCUCCGCCACACACCUGCAAACCAACAGAAGAUCUGAGUCAGCUGCUCCUCUCUCUCUUGUUCUGUCGUGGUUGGCACCUACCUCCAU